AUGUCACACUCAGGCCUAUUCCGGCCCUCGAGCCCCGCUCAUCAAUCAUGGUCGCGACAUCGAUCCCUGACUCAGUGCCAAAGUUUGGCAGAUGCUGGGUUAGGAGAAGUAAUCGGUGUCGCUUCCCUCUCCUGUGCUGGCUCUCUCUCUCUCAGACCACGUCUAUCCAGCACAGUGAUCCUCGCAUCUAGGCUCCGCCUAUCGUUUUCUACAAACGCACUCUAA